AUGAAUACAGUACUGCGUAGCGUCUUUCCAAGGCGAGGUCUUGUAAGCAUAUGCAGACGCUUCUCAGAAGCGGCACCAUCUACAGCUGGUGCGGAUCCAGAAGAAAUCAGACGCUUCGAUGCGUUGGCUUCGGAAUGGAUGAAUGAAUCCGGACCCAUGAAGCCACUACACUCGAUGAACAAGCUCAGGGUGCCAUGGAUUUGUAGUGAACUUAAGGAGGUGGGUUUGGAUUUUUAUUGUGAGGGGGGGGAUUUGAAAUUUUUUUAAUGAAGUAUAAAGGCAGUUGGAUAUUAGUUUAUGAAUCAAAAAUUUACUCUUGAUAAUAGUGAUAAGGCUAAUAUAUUUUGAUUUUUAGAGAGUUCAAAAAGCCGAAGUCACAUUAUCACAGCCAUUGAAAGGCCUAAAAAUAGCUGAUGUUGGUGCAGGAGCUGGAAUAUUGACAUUACCUUUGGUCAGACUAGGUAAAAUCAUAUUUUUUAUAAACUUUUUAUCACUUUAGAGGACAGGAUUUGUUAGAAAAUGAAAAAUGUGAUACUUUUUAUGGAUUUUUUGAUAAUUGUGAGCAAGAUUUUGUUGGUUUGAACAGUAUUUUUAACUAUAUUGUUGUUGUAAGGGCUGGUUUCAGCCUUAAGAGUUACAGCUAGUUUUUAACAAAAUUUUGUUGUAAUUUGUAAUUAUAAGCUUUUAAAGUUAUAAUUAAGUGUUAAAUCUAGUUUUUAACAACAUAUUGUUGUAGGAGCGACGGUGGACGGAAUAGAAGCAACAGAAGAAUGUGUACGAGUUGCCGAAAAGAUUGCCGAUAACAUUUUGAGCCAAGACGAACGAAGCCGAGUCAAUUUUGUACAUUCAAGUGCAGAACAAAUGGCAGUGGACACGGCUGAAGGUAAGGUAUUAUAUUCUUUAAUAAUUUAGGUAAUAAAUUUUUUUAAAUUUAGUUAACAAAUUUUUCUUAUACUUUAGGUAACAAAUUUUAUUCACAAUUUAGGUAGCACAUUUUUUUUUAAUUUAGGUAACAGAUUUCUAGCAGUUUUGAUAAAACUUCCCAUUUCAGCCUACGACGCGGUGAUCGCAUCCGAAAUCAUCGAGCACGUCGCCGAACCCGCGGACUUUGUCGGCGCAUGCGUGCGGCUGGCCAAACCCGCAGCGCCGCUCCUGUUCACCACCAUCAACCGGACCGCACUCAGCCGUGUGGUGGGGAUUUGGCUGGCCGAAGUGAGUGCGUGUGUGAGGGGCGAAAAGGGGCAAGAGGGGCGCCCCAAAAAAGGCGAGGGAAGGGAAUGCUUGUGGGGUUGUGCUGCAGCCCCAACUGGUGUUCAACAUGAAAUUCGGACCAGGAUUUGUGGGUUCGACGGGAUUUUUAGGGGGAUUUUGGAGGUUUGGGGAUGUUUUUGGAGAUUUUUGUGUUUUGGGGAGAAAAGGCUUGAAGUUUUUUAAAUUUCAGGACCAAAUUUAUAGGCUUUUCGGCAUUUUUUAAAUAAAAUUCGUUAAUUUUUUUAAACUUUUGGUUUAAAUUUGUUAAUUUUUUAAAGUUUGACACUAAUUUUGGAGGGAUUUGACGAAAAAAAACUGUUUUUCGCGGUGUUUUUAAAGAUAUUUUGAAAGAAAAGAUGUUUUAAAAGCUGAAAAAGUGUCCUUAUUGAGCAUUGAAGCUACUUAUCAAGAUGUAAUUUUAUGUAGAAAAGCCUAAAAAUGACGUUUUUAUAGAAUGGUUGUGGAUUUAUUACAAAAUUUUUGGUUUUUCAGGCUUAAAACUUAGUUAUGAAGCUUGUUUUGUUCUGAAAUUUGAAAAAUAUGUUGUUUUUGGUGUAAAUAUAAGGGUAGGACAUACAAAGAAUGGUACAAUUUUUGGUCUACGACUUAUAGAAUAUAUGUUAUUAUUCCUGACUUAAACUAUGAAGAAUAAGACAUUUUUGAAUCAAAUAAUUGAAAUUUUUAAGGCCUAAAAUAUAAUACCAACUCUUUUCCAGGGUCUUAAGCUCCUCCCGCCCGGUCUACAUCAAUGGGAAAAGUUUGUAACACCAGAUGAACUGAAGAACCAUCUUCUGAUGAACGACUGUGAAGUCAUCUACAAACGAGGCCUCAUCUACGAUCCAUUGCUAAACGAAUGGGAUUGGUUUGUGGUAGAACAGGUCAACUAUGCCUUAUUGGCUAGGAAAAUGUAACUUAUCGACGGAUUUUGUGGUUGAUAUGGAUUAAAAUUGGAAUUUUUUUUCAUAAUAUUGUUAUUGUUAAUAAAUUUAUAUUGAGAUUUGAUGUUAAUUAUUUUGGUUUUACUCGUUUGAGACGAGAUACACUAUUUGAUGAUCUUUUUUGAUUUUUAGCUUUUUUGGGUUAAUUUUAAUUUUUAGGCAUUUUUCAUACUUUAACCUUAUUGUAGUUGAAAUUCAUCCUUUUUCUUUUUUAAUAUGUUUUGCGACUUUUCUAAUUUCAAUACACGUUUCAGUUUGUAGAAGUUUGGUUUCAUCAACCCGCGAAGACAACAUGGAUGAGGAAUACGACGCUAUUGUACUCGGCACCGGCCUCAAGGAGUGCAUUUUGUCCGGAAUGUUGUCGGUUUCGGGAAAAAAAGUCUUGCACAUUGACAGAAACAACUACUACGGAGGCGAAUCUGCAUCUCUAACCCCAUUGGAACAACUCUACGAACAUUUCCGCGGCGCCAACGCUAAGCCCUCGGCCGACAUGGGCCGUGGUCGCGACUGGAACGUAGACCUGAUCCCUAAGUUCUUGAUGGCCAACGGACCAUUGGUGAAGCUUUUGAUUCACACUGGUGUCACGCGCUACUUAGAGUUCAAGUCGAUCGAAGGAAGUUUUGUCUACAGAGGCGGCAAGGUGUACAAGGUACCGGCCGAUGAAAUGGAAGCUCUGGCUACAAGUAAGUUGUGGUUUUUUGAUUUGUUUUUGGUUUUUAGGUAGAAAAAAUAUUGGAGAUUGAUAUGGGAAGAGUUGGUAGGGUUAAAAUUGAAAGAUUUUAUUUAAAAAGUGAUUUUAUGUUGAGGAAGGGGUUGUUUUUAUGAAAAAACCUUGAAAAAAAACCUUUUUUGUUGACAAACAGUAAAUUUACCUCAUUUUACUUUCAUUUUUAUCUACUAUCUGAUCAAAUAAAAAAAUCCACUUCAUUUUAGGCUUGAUGGGCAUGUUCGAGAAGCGCCGCUUCAAGAAGUUCCUUGUUUGGGUUCAAAACUUCAACCCCGAAGACCCCAAGACCUGGGACGGGCUCGAUCCCAAAUCCACUCCAAUGCAAGCCGUUUACGAGAAGUUUGGCCUCGACGACAACACCGCCGACUUCACCGGUCACGCUUUGGCUCUAUACUUGAACGACGACUACAAACAACAACCAUUCGCCAAGACCGUGGAGAAGAUUCGCCUCUACUCGGACUCGUUGGCUCGUUACGGCAAAUCUCCAUACCUGUACCCCCUUUACGGUCUAGGUGAACUUCCUCAAGGCUUUGCCCGUCUUUCCGCUAUCUACGGCGGUACCUACAUGCUAGACAAGCCAGUCGAUGAGAUUGUCAUCGAGAAUAACAAGGUCGUCGGAGUUCGUUCGGGCUCGGAGGUGGCCAAGUGCAAACAAUUGUACUGUGACCCCAGCUACUUGAAGGGCUCGGACCGUGUGAAGAAGACUGGCCAAGUCAUUCGUGCUAUCUGCAUCCUGAACCAUCCCAUUCCAAACACCAACGACAACGCUUCAUGCCAAAUUAUCAUCCCUCAAAAGCAGGUCGACCGUCAUUUUGGUGAGAUUUUGAAAAGUUUUUGAAAUUCAAAAAAAUGAUGACAAAACUAAGUAUUUGACUAUUUUUUGAAUUCUUGAAAAUUUCUUUAAUUUUGAAAUUAAUUUUGAAUUUCAGACAUCUACAUCUCGUGUGUGUCCAACUCGAACCUGGUCGCGCCAAAGGGAUGGUAUAUUGCUAUGGUUUCGACAAUCGUUGAAACCUCCAACCCAGAAUCCGAGAUUCUGCCUGGACUUCAAUUGUUGGGCACCAUUACUGAUAAGUAUGUUUUUAACAUUUUCAUUGGUUUUGUUACCUAAACAUCAAUAUUUUGAAUAUUUAUAGAGUUUCUUUUGAUACCUAAACCUCAAUUCCUUUCAGAUUCGUCAGCAUUUCCGACAUUUACGAACCAGUCGACUUGGGCACCGAAUCCCAGAUCUUCAUCUCCAAAGGCUACGACUCCACCACCCACUUCGAGACCGUCUGCAAGGACGUGUUGGACAUUUUCGAGCGCGGCACCACCGAAGCCUUCAACUUUGACAAGAUCACACACCUUUCCCUGGAGGACCACGAAUAA